AGCUCUCCGAGCCCAGGGAGUGCGGCGGAGGAGGAGGGCAGGGAGUGUUUAGAGGCGUCCACACAUUGUGACGCCUCCUUGGUGGGAAUGAGGAAAAAACAACGAGAAGCAGACGAGACGGUGGAGAAUCACGCAAGUUUAUUUUUACCGUUCAUAAAUUCUUCCCACGGCCUUCAUUCGGACCUAUCUAAAUGAUCGCGUGAAGGGACUGCAUCUCUCUACUAAAGCAAGUGAGCAGCGAGUGAAAAGAGGGCAGGCAAACAAAGAAACCCAAUGAUGCAGAGCACAGUUGACUCGUCGCAGGUGAUAGACGUCUCACAAUCCAAGCCCUCGCUCCCUCCCAAGCCUCGACUUGCUCCCAAGCCUUUCUCACCACAAAAUAACACGAUUCACGCCGUAAAUGCUCCAAACGUUGUUAAUGUUUCCGCCAAGGACAAGGCUGGAAAGCCCGUGGCUAAAACCGCCCCUAAACCCUCCCUGACCAAACCGGCACCAAAACCACCUCAGCAAAAGUCCACAAGUGUCAAUACAAAGGUGCAAACCAAACCAUCCAAAGCUGAAAACAAACCGCUGGUAGAUCAGAAAGAAGUUACCAAAACGAACCACAAAACCGAGACGCAGGUGAUAACAAACGCUAAACCGAAUGAUGUUGGAAAGAAUGAUGACAAAUCUCCAGCGACCAAGAUCCAAAAGCCUGAAGAAUCAGAAGACAAUGAUUCCUUAAAAAACAAUGAAACAUUUCUGUGGGGUGGAACCAGGAAGCGCUUGUCGGUGGAGCUGACCUCCAAAUUUAACUCUGGUGGUAUCCCUCUACCCAAAGACCUCAGCAGAUCGGCAUCUAUAAGCAAAGGAAAAGAAAAUGCAAACCAGCCAAAACCGAUAAUUCCAGAGCCGUCCACCACCGAAAGUAAUGACGCUAAUCUGGUGGAAGACGGCAGCGAAGGUGGAAGCAUUAAACGCCGGAUCAGUCUUUUAUUCGACUCUAAGUCAAAGCCAGAGGUUGCUGUAAAGCGAGUGCAGCCCGAGUUUGUAAAUGAAACAGCUGGUGUCAAGGAGAGAAUCAAAAACUGGACUCAGGAAACCAGCCCAGGUCCACCAACUGUGCCAACAUUAGAGAAGACUCCAAAAUUACCAGCUGCUUCUGAAAGAGGAAGCAUAUCGCCUGACACAACUGAAAAACGUCGAACAGAACAACUUCACACAUCGGAGUUGGACCACACAACAUCAGCAGAAGAUGAUGAGGAGGAGGAGGAGGAUGACGAAGCGCCUCUUGCCGUGGGAGCGAAAGCUGAAAGCAAAUCAGCGGAAGAAAUGCUUAAGAGCGAGAGCGAGAACGAGGACAUCAGUGAGGUGGAACAAUUAAAACAUUUGGAAUUUGAAAAAAGGCGAAAAGCUGAGGAAGCUGAAAUGAAAAUAUUCCAGUUGCAGGAGGAGAAGAGACAAAUGGAGGAGGAAGAAGAAGCCAGGCAUAUUCGAGAAGAGGAGAGCAGGCUGGAAGUAGAGAGAGAAAGACUUCGGCUUAAGAGGAAAGAAGAGGAGAGGCAAAGAAGGGAGGAACUGGAGAAAGAGAGGUUGAGGGAAGAGGAGAGGAAGGAGGAGGAGAAAGAAAGAUUGAGACUGAAAAGGGAACAAGAGGAGAAACGGCGAAGGGAGGAAAUUGAGAGGGAAAGACUCAGGGAAGAGGAGAGGAGGGAGGUUGAGAAAGAAAGAUUGAGGCAAGAAGACGAGAGGAAGAGGGAGGAGGAAGAAAGACCGAGACUAAAAAGGGAAGAAGAUGAGAAGCAGAGAAGAGAAGAACUGGAAAAGCUAAGAGAGGAGGAAAAGAGCGCAGAGAUGGAAAGGAUGAGAGUGAAAAAUUUGAAAGAGGAGAAGCAGAGAAGGAAGGAACUGGAGAAAGAAAGCCUGAGAGAAGAGGAGAGAAGGAGGGAAGAGAGAGAAAGAUUGAGGCUAAAGAGAGAAGAAGAGGAGAAUCAAAAAAGGGAGGAACUGGAGAAAGAAAGGCUGAGGGAAGAGGAGGAGGAGAAAGAAAGAUUCAGACUGAAAAGGGAACAAGAGGAGAAACGGCGAAGGGAGGAAAUUGAGAGGGAAAGACUCAGGGAAGAGGAGAGGAGGGAGGAAGAGAGAGAAAGAUUGAGGCUAAAGAGAGAAGAAGAGGAGAAUCAAAAAAGGGAGGAACUGGAGAAAGAAAGGCUGAGGGAAGAGGAGGAGGAGGAGAAAGAAAGAUUGAGACUGAAAAGGGAACAAGAGGAGAAACGGCGAAGGGAGGAAAUUGAGAGGGAAAGACUCAGGGAAGAGGAGAGGAGGAAGGAGAUAGAAAGGAUAAAACUCAAGAAGUUGGAAGAGGAGAAGCAAAGAUGGGAGGAAUUGGACAAAGAAAGGCUGAGAGAAGAGGAGAGAAGGAGGGAGGAAAUAGAAAGAUUGAGGCUCAAGAGGGAAGAAGAGGAGAGACAGAUAAAGGAGGAAAUUGAGAGAGAGAAACUGAGGGCAGAGCAGCAAAGAAGGGAGGAGAUUGAAAGACUCAAGUUGAAGAGGGAAGAAGAGGAGAGACAGAGAAGGGAGGAAUUGGAGAGGCUAAUGGAAGAGCAGAUAAGGAAGGAGGAGAUAGAAAAAUUGAGACUGAGAAGGGAACAAGAGGAGAAACGGCGAAGGGAGGUAAUUGAGAGGGAAAGACUCAGGGAAGAGGAAAGAAGGAAGGCGGAGAUAGAAAGAAUACGACUCAAGAAGUUGGAAGAGGAGAAGCAAAGAUGGGAGGAAUUGGAGGAAGAAAGGCUAAGAGAAGAAGAAAGAAGGAAGGAAGAGAUAGAAAGAUUGAGGCUGAAGAGGGAAGAAGAGGAGAGACGGAGAAGGGAAGAAUUGGAGAAGGAAAGGCUUAGGGAAGAAGAGCGGAGGAGGGAGGAGAUACAACGAUUGAGACUAAAGAGGGAAGCAGAGGAGAGACAGCGGAGAGAAGAAUUGGAGGACAGACUCAGGGAAGAGGAGAGAAGGAGAGAGGAGAUAGAAAGAUUGAGGCUACGAAGAGAACAAGAGGAGAGACAGCGAAGGGAGGAAUUGGAGAAGGAAAGGCUCAGGGAAGACGAGAGAAGGAGAGAGGAGAUUGAAAGAUUGCGAGUGAAGAAGUUGGAAGAGGAGAAGCAGAGAAGGGAGGAACUGGAGGAGAAGCUGAGAGAAGAGCAAAGAAGGAGGGAAGAGAUAGAAAGAUUGAGGCUCAAGAGGGAAGAGGAAGAGAGACAGAGAAUGGAGGACCUGGAGAGGGAAAGACUGAGGGAAGAGGAGAAACGGAGGGAAGAGAGAGAACAAUUGCGGCUGAAGAUGGAAGAGGAGGAGAGACUCAGAAGCGAAGAGUUGGAGAGGGAGAUUCUCAGGGAAAAGGAGAGGAGGAGGGAGGAGAUAGAAAGAUUGAGGGUAAGGAGGGAAGAGGAGGAGAGACAGAGAAGGGAGGAAUUGGAGAGGGAAAGACUGAGGGACGAGCAGCGAAGAAGGGAAGAGAUUGAAAGACUCAAGUUGAAGGUGGAAGAAAAUGAGAGGCUGAGAAGGGAGGAAUUGGAGAGGGAAAGACUGAAGGAGGACGUGAGCAGGAGGGAGGAGAUGGAAAGGCUCAGGCUCCAGAUGGAAGAAGAGGAGCGACAGAGACGUGAGGAAUGGGAGCACAGGAAAGAGGAAUCGAGGGUGGCACAAGCCCUGAAGGAGGAGCAGUCGAGGACGCGACGCAAGAUGGAGAUGAAAAUGCAACAAAAGGGAGACCUGGAGAGGAUGAGGGGGGAAGAAGAGAGAAGGUGGCAGCAAGGCGUCGAUGACAACGACCCUAAAUAUUUGCCUCCGACUACCGGCAUGGUUUAUGACAACUUCUCGGUCGUUGGGACGAAGCCUGCGGUGGACGUCGGACAUUUUGAUGAUUUUUCAGUCAAGCCAACUCGAUGGGGCUCACAGCCUAAAGUGGACGUUAACACGCGGGACACAACAGUGGACAUUCUGAUGUCGCGCAACGUCGGCGCUCGGGAGAGAGAUAUACGAGACAGAGUGAGGGUCGAAGGGCGGGUUGAGCCAAAAUCAACCUUGGCCUUUCCGGAGGCGGAGGAGGACCACCGAGAGCCAGAAGAGGAGUCUCAAGAACAAGAGCAAGAGUUACCACAGAUCGGAGGCAGAUAUUACAGGCAUGAGGAUCCUGACAGCAGUUAUCGAGCACUUGGACAUGGUGAAGACACAGACGCGUUGAUAGAUGUGGAGGCAGACAGGCCGCAAGCAGCCUAUGAAUGGAGACCUAAAACUGACAGGACUGCUUUUCAACCAAGUCCCAAGUCUUUCACUGAUUCGUUCGCUGAGGCCUCUAACGAUGUUGAGACACCCGAACUUUUGCUGUCUCCUUUCCCUGAGAGCUCCACCCCGCUCCUCGACACCAGUGCACAGAAAUCCAGGGUCAACCUGGGCAAGAGGCGCACCCGAUCGCAUCCAUCACGUUCAAAUCGCUCGCAACCAUCUGUGGUAGAGACUCCGGAUUGGCGGUCUUGUGACUCCACAGAAGGCGGGCAAAUGGAGUCCGACUCAGAGGAGGAACAACCAAAACAAAGGAUACUCUCUUCUCCGUCUGUCUCCAGAAAGGUCCCUGUCUUUCCUGGUGUGAGCCCAUCAAGCCUCAUUGCUCAGAUGAAAAAGAGAGCAGAAGGACGAGAAGAGACUGAAGAAGAGAAGGAAAGUCCAAAUGAUGAAGUGGUGCCAUCUCCAUCUCAAGUGCCUCGCUCUCCCCGCCCUCCCCGCUCCGCCGCCCAGCUUGCUGGAGCUGCACGAGUACUUCCACCCAUAGGCGCCACAGAUGGAGGUGCGGUCCCUCCGACUUGGCUGAAAGAGCUGAAGUCUAAAAAGCGUAUCAGUCAACAUGAAGGGGAAUGGUAGCUGAGUACCAUGUGGCAGGAACCACCGUGCAAUCGGGCCGAAUCCAUCCAUGUCAAAUGUUUGUGCCAAGAAACACUUCACCAGGGUCUAUAUUUUGCACUUAGGUGCCUUAUUUUGUACAUUUGAACCAGAUAUGAUAUGUACACAAUGGAAUUCAGAAUUCUUUUGAGGCGGAAUACCUAAGUCGUCACAAAUGUUUUGCUAAGGUUGCGUGUCAUUUUAUACCAAGUACAUGUUUGACCUAAUGCUGCAAAGUCAACUAGUGAUUGUCAGCAUGAGAUAAAUUGAGUCUUUUUUUUCUUUUCUUUUUUCAUUCUGUUCUUCUUUGUUGUCAACUUCUAUUGACUGGGACCGAUGCCAUUGCUGCAGGCAAAUAGAAUCACUCGUGUUGUUGAUAGAAAUCACCCCUUGUAAUUAUUUGUAAUUAGAUAUCUUAAGGUGAAAUCUUUGCACUUAAAAACAAUAUGGGUCUGUAAACCCUUUAUUUUCUUCUACACAUAGAAGCAACCAGACAAUCAUUUUCCUUCCUUUCAGAAUACAAUAAACUCAUCCAAACACCUCAUGAAAACAUCGUGAGCUUGCAGGAAACGGAGGAAUGCUCUUAUGCUACCGCACUGUGUGAAUAUGUCGAUCUACUUGAGAUUUUUUGAAGUGCCUUUGUUUACUAAAUAAAAAAAAAAAAAGACCACCGGUCAUUACUGUAAUAUGCAAUGUGUUGCAAUUUAUUAAAAGCUUUUCUAUCAAAUA